AUGAACUCAGAACCUCGCUUCCACGUCGCUUCCUCUCGCGACUUCCCAAUGCCUCCCCCAACCAAGGGCCAGGCCGUCGCCCAAUGGCUUGAGGAGAGCGAUGAUGUUGUCGAUGAAUAUCACAUGCCCCUACAGAGAGAUUCGAGAGGAUCCCUCCCUCGGCGACCGCCAUCGAGGGACCAGCCCCAAUCCGUUCGGCGCGAGUCGGUGAACUCACAACGCAAGUCAUCCAACGCAUCAUCCAACUACUACCAGGCAGGAUACAGCCUCUACCCUGCUCCAUCAAAGCCACUGCCACCAAUUCCCACUCCCAAAACCACCGCCGCCCCCGCUCACCGUGUACCUUCCCGAGACUCUUCAGAUAGAUCAUCCAUCAGCACACAUCGCUCUUCCCAAGUCUCAGCGACCGCAUCAACGCCAGAUGCUACCUCCGUCAGCUUCUCACCGGGAACCCCUCGUCGUAGCAGGGUUCCAACUAAUUUCUACAAACCUCCGGAUCCUUCUGAGCUUCUUCCCCCACCACGAAAGUCGUCUCGUCCUGCCGAGGUUGUGUUUUGGAAGCGCCUUCAAUCUGACGACAAGAAGAAUGGCCCCAUCCACUACCUCGACAUGUCUUCUAGCCUUGCCACUCUGGCGACCAAGCAUGGAAAUAACAUCAUCAAGGUUUGGUCCACGGCGGGAGGCACUGUUCAGCAAGCCAUCAAGAUUUCCUCCUACACUGCGGCCCAGUCUCGCUCUCGCGAAUACCUCAUUCGCAGCCAUGCCAUUCUCUCAGAACCGACGAAUCUCAUUGCCAUUGCCACUCGUUUCGGCAGAUACAUUGAAAUCUGGAACUGGGCCAAGAAGAAGAAUCUGCAGUCAAUUGACAAUGCUGAUCGGUGGACCUCGGCCCAAAUCGAGUCCUACGAUGGUGCGCUUAGCUCUCUCGCCAUCUACGGCGGCGAGAAGGGGAUUAUUGAUCUCUACAAGGCGACGCCAGACAAGAAGCCCUUUGUCAAGACGCGCACCAUUGAUCUAAAUAGAGUUGACUUGCCUUUUGUUCCCCAGUACCCAGAGCUUGCGCUAUCCAGAACAAGCCCUUUGCUUGUCAUUGGUGCCGGCCCACGUCCUCCGCGCCAAGGCCACCCUCCUCCUGAAAAGGAGACCCUUUUGGUGGCGUGGGACACUUCCGAAGGCGCUUCAGACAAACCUUACCGAGUGGCCCGGCCGUGGCAGCACAAGGAGUUGGACACGGCAAUCCCAUGUGACAUGGUCACCUACGGGAGCGUUUGUGUCUCUAUUUGGAUCCCUGCCACUUUCCGUGCCGUACCUGCUACAAAUGGUGGUUCCGGCUUCAACCUUAGUCCCGUCACCGUUCCAUACCGUUAUGUGUUGCUGUGGGAUCUUGCAGCCAACUCCACCCGAACCUUUGGCAUUCCUAACACGACGUCUUGCCUAUCACCCGAUUGCCGCUUUGUAGCUUAUUGCCACGCGACCGGAACUGACAUUGGAGCCCGAGGCAGCAUUGUCAUUCUGGAUGUCAUGACAGGCAAGGAGGUAUGGAGCUGGCCAGACCCCGAGGCCUUAGCUAUCGACUACACUCCUCGACCAGGCUUUGAGCAAUUCGAUGACCUUUCUCGAGUCUCGGAGCUUUCUUUCUCCGCCGACGGAAAGUUCUUGAAUGUUGGCGACUUGGAUGGCCAUGUUGGCAUAUUUGAAGUGCGUGAAUCUACCGGAGACCGACUACAACUCCACAUGAUUUAG